AUUCAAGACAACUUUGCCCAACGCAUGCAAGUAAAUUGAGAUAGGGAAGCCUUUAAUAAUAUGAAAAAUCCCAAAAUUCUUAUUUUUGAAAAUGCAAGGUUUUCAGAAAGUCCAAAAUAUCUUCCUAAUAGCUUAAGAGUGCUGAAAUGGCGAGGGUAACCUUCAAGUUUGCCGCUUCAUUUUUGCCCAAAAAAGCUUGUGAUAUUCGAUCUGUCAUUUAGUUGGUUGAGCUCAUUGGAAAUAAUUAAGGUAAGAACCUAUCUUACGUGCAUUUCUCUUUCACUAGAAUGUACAUAUAUUUGAUUAUAUAUAUCUUAUUCUAAUACUGGUUAUAGUUUUUGUUACCGUAGAAGUUGGAGAAUUUGAGAGUUCUGAAUAUGGGAAGUUGUCAAUAUAUUACAAAUAUACCUAAUCUAUCUGGUCUUCAACAUUUGAAGGAAUUGGAUCUUCAAUCUUGUAAGAAUCUAAUUGAAAUUCAUCAUUCAGUUGGAAAUUUGGCAAAACUUCAAUACUUGAAUGUAGAGAAUUGUGGUCGGCUUAAGAUUUUUCCACGCUGCAUCAAGUUACCAUUCCUUGAAAUACUCCAUCUUAACAAUUGCUCUAGUCUAACGUAUUUUCCAGAUGUACUAGAAAAAAUGAAAAUAAGAUAUCUACAGUUGGUUGUGACUGGAAUAGAAAAAUUGCCUUGGUCGAUUUGCAACCUUACUCGGCUUAGAAGGUUAUUCAUUAAUCGACACCAAGGGGUGACUGAGCUACCAAUAAGUAUUUUUCUGUUGCCAGAACUAGAAGUGAUUGAUGCUAAAAGAUGUGGAAAGUGGCUAUCGUCGAAUCCAAAUGAAGCAAUAGAAGAAGAAAUCUGGCCCAUGUUAUGUCCAAACAUAUUCGCCAUUUAUCUCCAAGAAUGUAAUAUAUCAGAUGAGCUCCUUCGAACUUAUCUUACUCGUUUUAUCAAUGUGAAACAUUUGGACUUGACGGGUAAUAAUUUCACAAUUUUGCCCGCAUGGAUAAAAGAAUGCCAAUAUUUGCGGCACCUUAUACUAAAUGAUUGCAAGCAUCUUAGAGAAGUUGAAGGGAUUCCACCAAAGACGGAAUAUUUGGAGGCAAUAAAUUGCUUAUCAUUGAGUUCAGAAUCCAGAAGCUUGUUAUUGAGUGAGGAAUUACUUAGGGCUGCAGUGAUUAGACAAUCGGACAACAUAGUUUUCAAAACAUUCUUUUGUGUGCCGUUGACUUGCAUCCCAGACUGGUUUGAUCACAGAAGCAAAGGAGCAUCUAUUUCCUUCUGGUUUCGUAAUUGCUUCCCACCUCUCUGUCUUUGUCUUGUCUUUAAAUCAAUGGACGAUGUUUAUGAUAAUUGUCAUGUGACUACUUCGGUGUGCAUCAAUGAUAAAGAAGUAUAUUGGAAUGAGUUAUGGAAUAGGGAUGCACCAAAUGUUGAUCACAUACUUGUGUAUGAUCUGAAAGAAAAUCACAUAUCUUGGGAUAAAAUGGGACAAGCUUGCCGAAAAAGUAAGUGGAAUCACGUAAAAUGGGAUAAAAUGUUCGUCUCGGAAUGAUGCCCUUGUAAUAAGAGAAAGUGGAAUCUAUGUCAUCAAACAACAUUGUAAGAUGGAAGAUAUUCGAUUUACCGAUCCUUGUGAAAGAUUUGAUUCUAUCAAAAUUAACCAAGAACCAUUCGGUCAAAGCAUCAAGGAGAAAGAACUAGCGCUUAAUAACAAAAGAAUGUUGAUGGAGGAUGACAAGUUUGCCUCGAGUUCAAUUGCCUUUAAAUGCACAAAGAGAGAAAGAAAUUGCAUCAUCAAUCAGGAUGACAAUGACGCAAUAAUCACACCAGCUGAAAUCCAAUUUGCCAAUGCUAUGGACAUUGUUGGUAAUCAAGGUCACGAUGUUGAAGAUAACAAUUGGCUCUCCUUGCGUCCCUGUUGGGAAGCACCUUUCUAUGGAGAGACUGCUAAUCACCAAGAAUUUCAACAUCCACAAAAUGCUGAGCAUAUUCCAGAAAGCCAUGAACACAAAAGAAAAGCCAAAGGAAAGGAGAUAGUGGUCUUCAAUGACAACAUAAAUGGAAAAUGA